CUACUAAGCGAAUUUAUCGUUUUCGGCAAGAGCUACGGAAUUCUAAACAAUUUAAUAAUAUUAUUAUGUUUUGUUAUUAUUACAUUAUUAUUAUAUAACAUUACCUAAAUAAAAUAUUUUUAAAAACCCGGCGUCAGUAUUUUAUGACUACGGCACCAGGACAUUGACAGACACUACGACUAAAUGAUGAACAACGAUCAAGACGAAGAGCUCAAACUCAGCAAAACGCAUUUUGAUGCGAUCAAACUGUUGGAGGGAGCGUUACAAAAAAUGGAUGGAAUUAUAUCGACGGAGCCAACAUCAAAUUCAAAUUGUUUUACCAAUUCAAAUGGACAGACUGUAUUAAAUAAUUUUAUUCAACAAGAAAAUUCUGAAGAUUCUUCUGAUCAUUUAGAGUCAAAGCUCCGAGUUUCUAUGUUAAAUAAUCAAGUUGAUAUACUUUUAAGAAAAUUAAAUCAUCUUGAAAAAUAUCUAUUGCAACAAAAUGAUUUAAGAAAAAAAGCUGAAAGUAAGCUCCAAGAGGAAAUGAUUUUAAAAUCGAAGCUAGAAACAGAAAAACUUGAAGUUAUUGCUAUGCUAACUAAUUUGAAAUUAGUAAAUGUUAGGCUAACUAAGGAAAAUAUGGAUCUUAAAGAAAUGAUAAUAAAUAAUCUAAAUGCACAGAAUUCAAUAACAUCAUCAUGUACAUCAGAAGUAGUAAACUCUCAGUUUCAACGUUCAAAAAACCACGGAUCACGUUUCUAUUGUAGUUUGCCUCGACAUAAGAUUUCAAAAUUAUUAAAUGAUAUUACUGAAUCGUGUGCAAAUUUAAUGAACAGAAAAUCACAGUUUGACAAAUGUUCUUCAGCGCCAAAUUUAGUUGAUUCAAAACACGACUGCCAAAAUGAACAAAUAUUAGAAAAUAAUUCAAGUCUCUUUUCCAGUACCAAAAUUUAUUCUUUUCAAAAUUCAAAUUUACUAUUUAGUGAGCUAAAUCGUCAACAGUUACGAGAUUGGUUUGCUGAACAAGGUAUUGAUUAUGUUUUAGAAGGAUCAAAAUUAUGGCCUACUUCUGGAAAAGAAUUGAUUUCUUCUUCCAUCAGUGAGAUUGACGAAAAAUUUAAAUUUAAACAUUGGUUACAUAGGAAAAAGCUAAUUUUAGCCAUUCAAUUUGAAAAAGAUCCAAAUAAAUUAUUUGAUGAAGACAAAUAUCUGGCCAAAGCAAGAUAUUUAAAUACGUCUUGGGUACUACAAUGGUUAGAUGACAUAGGUCUUCCACAGUAUAAAGAACCAUUUUCUCUGGCAGCUAUAAAUGGUACCCUUUUAAACAGACUCACCAAAGAUGAUUUUCUAAUGAUGCCAUUUGAAAAUUCAGAUUUACAUUUCUCUAGUCUCCGAUAUGGAAUAAAGGUGUUGAGAAAGAAUAAUUUUGAUCCUGAAUGUUUGAUCCGUCGGUCUAAUACUAACAAAAAUGAUGAUGAUUGUAAUUUAUCACUAUGGACAACACAUAGAGUAAUGGAAUGGCUUUGUAGUGUUAAUUUGGCUGAAUAUGCAUCUAAUUUAAGGGGUUCUGGUGUUCAUGGUGGACUAAUAGUAUAUGAUGACAGAUUUACUUCUGAGCUUCUAGCUGACAUUUUAUUCAUACAACAGAGCAAAACAUUGCUGAGACGUCAUUUAAGCAUACAGUUCAGCCAGUUGAUAGGAAGAGAUUUAAAUCAAAAAAAAAGAGAUGAUCAGUGCAAACCAAAGUAUAGGCCCCUGACAAUAUCAUCUAAGACUAAAAUUCAAAAAAAAUCACAAUUUUCAUUGAAGAGAAAAAAACAUAACAAUGAACUGAGUAUUGGUGAUCUGAUUUGUCCUAUGGACGAUUAAGACUAGUUGUUUUAUUUUUACGUAGUUAAACCAAAGUUAAAAUACUUUUAGUACAUGACAAAAAAAGACUUAUUGCUUAUUACAUAUAUUUUAUUAAUGUAUUUAAAUUAAUAAUAAUUGUGUUUGUUAAAAGAGAUUACAAUAAUUAACGAUUUCCUAACCAAAAAAUAAUGAUAUUUUAAAAGUUAAAGGUUUUUAUACUAAAAAAUAUUUUUACAUUACAUAAACACUACCUAUGUUAUAGUUGAAUGUAUUUGUAUUAUUAGUAAUAUAAAGCAAUAUUAUUGUGAACA